AUGCCGUUCCUCAACUCUGACAAGGACGACCAGAAGAUCAGAAUCUACAUCGCUUUAUCGAGGAGGCACGUUCUGCGACUGCAUCGGCAUCGUCCCCGCCCGCGAGGACAUCGUCAUCAAGCUGCUCUCAACCAGCGCGGCUCGCUCCUGAUCCAGGAGCUGUUCGUCGAAUACGGCACGCGCGUCGUCCAGCGCUACACGGCGGCCAUCCAGCAAACCGCUGAGAUGGCUGUGCGCAACUACCUCAAGAAAGUUGCCAAAGAGCGUCGCCAGCCGCUCAAGGCAGUCGAGUAUCUUGACGAUGGCACGGAGAUCCAUCUCGAAGUCCGCAUUGACGGCCAGACAGGAAGCGCCGACUUCGACUUCACAGGGACGGACCCGGAGACGUACGGCAACCGCAACGCGCCAGCCAGCCUUGUCUACUCAGCGAUUAUCUACGCAGUGCGGGCGAUGAUCAAUGAGGAGAUUCCCCUGAUCCAGGGCUGUCUCAGCCCGAUCAACAUCAUCAUCCCUCCAAACACUGUGUUGUCGCCGUCUAGCGGCGCAGCCGUGUAUACGGGAAACUCGCUAACCAGCCAGCGGCUGACGGACGUCGUGUUCAAGGCGUUCGAGACGUGUGCCGCCAGCCAGGGCUGCAUGAACAGCGUGCAGAUGUACGGCGGCGAGAAGGCGAAGCCGGGCGAGCCCUUUGCGGGCUUUACUUUCAUGUACGGCGAGACGAUUUGCGGGGGAAGUGGUGCAGGACCGACGUGGCGGGGAGUUUCUGCUGUGCAUACGAACAUGACAAACACACGCGUCACCGACCUCGAGAUCCUCGAAAAGCGAUACCCCGUUCUGGUGAAACAGUUCUCCAUCCGCCACGGCUCCGGCGGCGAGGGCCUGCAUCCAGGAGGAGACGGAGCCAUCCGGGCAUUCGAAGCCCGCGCGGCGAUGACCUUCUCGCUGAGCUCGGAGCGACGCGUGCAUCGGCCGUACAGGAUGGCAGGGGGCGGGCCCGGGAAGAGCGGACGCAACCUGGCGCUGCUCAAACUGACGGACGGGCGAGACCGAUGGGUCAACGUCGGCAGGAAGGGGAUCAUCCAGCUGAAAUGUGGCGAGCAGCUGUUCAUACACACGCCUGGCGGGGGAGGGUGGGGGGGUGCCUCCUGA